AUGGGGGCUUUCCCCUGCCGCAGGGGCUGCUUCCGGCCCUGGAACUACUACUCCGAAAAGAUAAAUAUUUUACUCUGGUGGAACGAAGACUUGGACAGAGAGCAUUUGGCGCCGAGGCCUUGCUCCCGGAGCCCUACCGCCCUGUUCUUCCAUUCGAGAUCGCUCGUGCCGCCCUCCUUGCCUUCCUCCUGGGGUCUCUCGGAGGCUGGACCGAUACAUCUGCUGAUGCUCUGGCCGAAUUCCAGGCGACACCGGGUCCUGGGGCUCUCACACACAGCCCAGAAACCCCCAACCUCCCGAGGCUUGUGGCCCCAGACGGCGGGAAGCCGGAAGCUAGGAGGGGAAUCAAAGCCUAGGGCCCUAUCGGCGGGUUCCCCUGAAGUGGCGAGUCUCUGCCGGGAGGGGGCACCCUUGUCUUUUUAA